AUGCCGCGCUCCUUCCUGGUGAAAACGCACUCCAGCCACAGGGUCUCCAACUACAGGCAGCUGGAGACGCAGAGAGAAAUUAAUGGCGCCUGUUCUGCCUGCAGGGGGCUGGCGGUGCCCCUCCUCCUCCCAGACAAGGCGGCCUCUUCCACCCCUGGUGACCCUCCCCUGCCGUGGGACCGCACCUCUGCCGUCUGCCCCAUCUCCCUGCCCCUUCCGCGUACUGAGGAAGCUCGGGGGGCCUCCGGGCCAGACCCCCUGGAAGGCAGCCGGGCGGACCUCUGGACCGGCCGGGCCCCCAGCGAGCCCCUCAAAGACAGCCUGAACCACCUCAACCUGCCCCCGCUGCGGGUUCCGCCCACGCGGUGGCCCCCGAUCGCGGGCCCGGACGGGGGCCAGGCUCCAGACAGACUCCAGGCGGCCCCGGGGGGCCUCGGGCGCCCGCACUGCCACAAGCCCUGCCACCUGCGGGCGCCCCGCUGCUUCACCUGCAGGUUCUGUGACAAGGAGUACGCCAGCCUGGGCGCCCUCAAGAUGCACAUCCGCACGCACACGCUGCCCUGCCUCUGCUCUGUGUGCGGCAAGGCCUUCUCCAGGCCCUGGCUGCUGCAGGGCCACAUCCGGACCCACACAGGUGAGAAGCCGUACACCUGCUCACACUGCGGCAGGGCCUUCGCCGACCGCUCCAAUCUCCGGGCCCACCUGCAGACACACUCGGACACCAAGAAAUACCAGUGCAACAGCUGCGCCAGGACCUUUUCCCGCAUGUCGCUCCUGGCGCGGCACGAGGAGUCUGGCUGCCGCCGCGGCCCCUGA